AUGACUUCUGAACGCUGUCUAUGUGAUUUGGGAUCGAGCAUCAACAUGAUGCCUCUCUCAGUUGCAAAACGCUUAGGAUAUUAUACUUUCCAGCCCACAAAAAUCUCGCUGAUUCUUGCUGAUCGAUCAGUCAGACGACCAGAAGGAGUCUUGGUUGAUGUAUCAGUCAUUGGAGAAAACUGUAUUCCGACUGAUUUUGUAGUGCUUGAAUUAGAAAGAGAACCAAAGGAUCCUCUGAUACUCGGUAGACCUUUUGAUGUGAUUCUGGAAAGCAACAAUAAAGACUUGGAGUUGGAACUAGAAGAUGGAGAGCAGGUAGCUGAGGAACAAGAGCUUGUAGCUGAUCAAGAAGAUCUUUUAAGCGUUCCAAGUGGUCCAAUGACUCGAUCAAGGACUAAGAAGCUCAAGCAAAUCAUUGGAGCUAUCAUCAAAGGCCUUGAUUCGGUUCAAGAGGGAAAAGAGCCGAUCACAAGCACCCUGAUUGUGAUCCAAGUCCAAGAUGGCUAA